AUGGGAGACAGUUUGAAAGCGGUGGAAUUGGGCAGUGACAGGACCGCAAAGAGUUUGUCAGUUGGCUCGCACCAUGCGUGUGCGUUGCUCGAUGACGACUCGAUAAAAUGUUGGGGAAGUGGAUACUAUGGCCAACUUGGGCUUGGCAACGUUGAAAGGAUUGGCGACGAGCAAUCUGAGAUGGGAGACUACUUGCCGCGGGUCGAUGUUGGCACGAUCCCCACCACCAUCAAGACAGAGAUUCGACUUGUGGAUGGCACAAUGAUGAAAGGCCGAAUUCAGGUGAAAUAUCAAGAGUCCUGGCGUGAUGUUUGUGAGGACAACUGGAAUAACCUGAACGCGCAGGUCGUUUGUCGCCAACUUGGUCUAGCAGGUGGACUUUCAAGCUUUGGCUGGAAUGGAAGUGGAGAAUUUGGUAUGGAUCAAGUUGCAUGUGUUGGAUCGGAGCCCGAUUUGGGCCAGUGCCCCUUCAGAGGUUGGGGAAUUCAUGAUUGCGGGUCUUGGGAAGCUGUUGGAGUAGAAUGCCAUUUGGAUGCCUGGAGCUUUUUGGCCGAUCCCGACUUGUCGGCUCGCAGAGGUCACUCUGCCGUUUGGGAUGCAACGGAUGCAUCAAUGUUGGUUUUUGCUGGUCAUGAGGCCGGAUCCUUUCGGUACUACGAUGACCUGUGGCGAUAUCACAACGGCCUUUGGGAGCAACUCUUGGUAGCAGGUGGACCUUCGUCUAGAGGUGGCCAUACGGCGAUCUGGGAUAUGGGCUCUCGCACGAUGAUUGUUUUUGGCGGGAGCCAUUACACGACAUACUACAGUGAGCUAUGGCUCUACAGUUUGAGCACCAACGCGUGGAGGCUUUCUAAUUCAUCUACAAUGCCCACAGCAAGAGCUUACCACAGUGCGAUAUGGGAUUUAGCCAAUCAGAUCAUGCUAAUUUUCGCUGGAGAAAACGGGAUCCCUAUGGCCGACUUGUGGGAGUAUCGUUUCUUAUCGAACGAUUGGAGAGAGUUGACACCAUCGUCAGGGAAGCCUUCGGCCCGCAGUCGGCACUCUGCAGUUUGGGCAGGUGUCAAAGUCUUGAAUGAGUCAUUCAGCUACACAGCAGAAUUGUGGAACUACAGCUUGUUGACCAAUGCCUGGACUCCUUUGGCACCUCCUGGAACUUAUCCUAGCCCUUCUGCUCGAGAGGACCACACUGCUGUGUGGGACCCAGACUUACGUUUCAUGUAUAUUCUUGGUGGCUUUGAUGUUUCUUAUAAGAAGGACUUCUGGCGCUAUGCUGGUUAUGGAGUGAAAGAGCUUGCUGUCGAGGAAUGCUUCGUAGGUCAGGAGUGUACUGUGAAACUACCAAACCGCAGCUUUGAAACAGGAGACACGCUCACAGUUGUCGACUUCUUUACUGGUUCUUCGGAUCUGGGUUUCUCUAGCUCUGUGCAUCUCACGACUCUGGAUGGAUACAGUUUUUCUUUUGCCAGUGAAGACUCACAAGACCUCAGUGCCAUGUCUGAUGUGACGCUUUAUUUGUAUGCCCAGCCUGGUCCUUACCGCCUCCGUUGGUCCCUCUGA